CUGCUGCUCCUGGCACCACCACCGCUGCUCCUGGCACCACCACCGCUGGUCCUGGCACUACUACAUCUUCCCCUGUCUACACGACCAAGGCUCCUUCGCCUACAUCGAUCCCUGUCCCAACCUCGGCGACUCCUACCUACCCCACCAAAGCCCCUAGUACCUUUUCGCCCAUUUGCGACAUCCCCAAGAACGAAGGGCCAGUGCCGACCAACCCUCCUGCUGCCAAGUGCACCGAAGUCUCUGUCGUUGGUGACGCUACUUACUGCUUGGCUGGCGCCGUUUGCAGUGGCUCGGGUUCCCUGCCCGCCGGUGUUGGAUGCCCCAAGAAGGGCGACGUUGCCGUCAAGGAUUGCCACAAGCACUUAAAGUCGUACGCCGACUACUACAAGAUGUGCGUUGCCCCUGUGGAUGCCGUCUGCGUCAAAAUUCCCUCCGGUGCUUGGGGCUGCACGUGGAGCACGGCCGACUGCUCGAAGACCCCGGCUCCCACCCCCGCGAGAACUGUCCCUGGGGCAACCACCACCCCAACCCCAGUCUACACAACCAAGUCCCCUGUCGUAUCGUCGACUGCCGCCCCUGGCACGACCACCGCCGCCCCUGGCACAACCACCGCCGCCCCUGGCACGACCACUGCCGCCCCUAGCACGACCACUGCCGCCCCUAGCACCACUACUGCCGCCCCUGGCACGACCACCGCCGCGCCAGACACCACCACUGCCGCCCCAGACACCACAACGCCUUCGUACCCCACGAAGAUGCCCUCGACCACCCAUCACCCCACGACUCUCCGUCCUACUCACAAGCCAACGGAAACUCCGUACGCUACCACGACGACGCCGCGCCCCACGACUCUCCGUCCUACUCACAAGCCAUCGGAAACCCCCGGCGCCACGACGACAGAAACUCCUGGGUACUCGACCCGUGCCCCCCGCCGCCAAUAA